GACAAGAAUAUCGGUCUGAACCGUGGCGUUGGGCUCUGCGGAAGGCAAGCAUGCGCCUAAUCUUGUGCAGAUGGAAACGUGUGACGUUGCUCCUGUUUGUUGGUAUCUGGUUCUGCUUAUCACUGGUCUUUCCCCGCCAGCUGGAACAUCAGUCCGAUCGGAAUUAUUGGUCAGUGCCAAGAGGCGGCAGCACAUUCACCUCGUCUUCGAUUGCUAAUCCCUACGGGCUCAAGCGUUCUCUUGUCAGUGAGGUGUGGGGAAAUGACGGGGAGAGCUCCGCAUACGCUUGGCCUGUCUCCGUGUCCGAGUUGAAAUGCAAGCACCCUGACACGGUGCGAGUUUGCACCAAGCAUCGUGCAACGUUUCUGAUACUGUCGUACCGCCACGAGCCUUUCGUCACCCACCCGCCGCAAAAUGGACUGUCCCACUUCGGAUGCUGCGAUGGUGUCAACUUGGUGUACACAUCGAACAAGUCUUGGUUCGCCCAAGCUGACUUGGUCGAUUUCCAUUCUCCGCAUCUUCCCGUUCCACUUCCAGUGCGUGCACACGCGUAUCAACUGUACAUGGCCACGAGUGGCGAGGCUCCGUACACGGUGUUGCACUGGGAGAGUAUGUCUUCCAUAAACCUCUUGAGAACGUUCUCCAGAUACAGCGACAUAGAGUUUUCCCUGUCGCAACCGGGUGAGUGCUUCUGUGACCAGUACUUGAAACCAGUUGCAGUGGAGUACGAACAGCGACACCUGACCGUUCCCGUCUCAGCCCUGGUCAGCAACUGCAGAUCCUACGGCGGUCGUCAGUUGCUUCUGCAAUACAUGCUGCAGCAGAUUGAGGUUCACAGCCUAGGUCGGUGCCUUCAUAACUACGACCCAGUCCCUGAUGUUGAGACUGCUGGAGUGCCCAUAAGCAAAGUGCUGAAGCAGUACCUGUUUCAUUUUGCCGUCGAGAAUGCCGUGUGCCAAGACUACAUAACGGAGAAGUUCAGCCGGGCGCUCACCGUGGCAAGCGUACCCAUAGUUAUGUCGCAUGGUCCGCUACCAGGAUUUGAGCGGGCAGCACCCAGCAACACCUCCUACAUUGACCUAUCAGCAUUUCAGAAUCUCACCGAGGCGUUUGCGUACAUAAAGAGAGUGUCCCUGUCCAAAGCUGAGUACAUGCGCUACCACGCCUACAGAGGGCUUGCUAAAACCAGCCCCGAGCUCAGUGAGGAAUUCCGCAAGAACGUGUGCGCGAAAAGCGAGGACGACAUCGACCAGUGGUGUGCGAUUGUGAAACGCUGGGAAUCGCUAGCCGAACAGGCAACACAAAGUGGAACAGUGACCUAGCCCUCAGCACAGAGCUAGUGAUGAAGGUGAUGACGAUCACAGUAUCAAGGAAGGCUGGCUGUGCUAGUCUUGUACUGACUGGCAGAGAGCAUCCAGGUUGACACCCCAGCCUGGACACGUGCGCAAGUGGUCCAACCAUCCACUAGUGUUUUUUUAGGCUCGAGCUAACAACUGGACGGUUGGCAAAAGAUUGCCCAUUCAUCGUACUAUGCCGCCUGGACCUCACACUAAACUGUGAACAACCCAAUAAUCUUCGGUAAUAUCUUAGCUGUUGCCAUGGCGGCACAAUGGCAGGGAGAUGGCCAGCCAUGGGUAUAAAGGAAGCUGAUGUUUAACUGCUGGGGCAUAACGGUGAUUCAGUUCCUAAUUCCUGUAAGCUUCUUUCGCCUCCCAAACUUGAUUUUCAAGAUGAAGUACGUCCAAGUCCUCUUCUUUACUCUGGUGGUCUGUGUGGCUGUCAUCAAUGCUGCGCCAUGGCCAGCACAUGAGCAAGGAAAUGCGCAAAAUGAAGUUGCUAUGAAGGCAUAUGCUGAGUACCUGGCCAAUAACCUACCUCAUGGCGCUAUGGUUGGCCAGUCGAAUGCAGUUUCUGCCAACGCUGAUUCGCCUGUCUGCACCUACUACAAGACCCUCUUCAACAGUAUCUGCGGCAUCGUCGAGAAUUCUGUGCAGCUAAGCGGAUCGAGCUUUCAGUGUAUUAUUCUCAACGGCAUUCGUGACUCUGUUUGCGGCAUCAUCAACCUGGGCAAGUAAUCAUGCUCCUGGGCACGAGUCCGUGGUUGGCAUCUUUUUCACCGUGGCAAGGAUCCACAAGAAGUAAGGAAAGAGAUUGUGAAAACGAGCAUCGGACAUGAUACCUAUGACCAAUUCAAAAUUGAUGUGCUCGCAAUAGUACUUCAAUGUUCAAAACCCUUGACCCUGCUGUAUUUGCUCCGCCAGACCACCACAGAUACUAAAAUCCUUGUCGAUUUCUCUUGACUUUUUUCCUCCACUUUUCCCUGUAAACGUUGCUGUUGAUGCUUACUAAAGUACGCACUAGUUCUUAUCCUGCAUUGAUAGACUUUAAUAGAUGUGCAUCAUGAACUGUUCGUUUCCUUUGCAAAUAGCAACGCUUUCUCAAACCUUA